UGAUGCUCUUUACAGACAUUAGCAUGAGUGGAGAGCUGAAGUCCAGCCGUUCCAGGACCGGCAGCAAGAGACCCAGCAGCAAUCCAUACGGAUCUGACUAUGACCUGGACUAUGAGUGCUAUCAGGAGGACCUCUAUGACAGGAUGUAUGACUACCAGCGCGUGCCAGCUUCCCUACCUCCCCUGUCCCAGGGACCUAGCCUGGCCAAACGACCCCGCUCCUCCUCCACUUCCUCUGGGCACAGACGUAGCCGAGACAGGCCCCCCUCCAAGAGCUCCAGAGCCCACUCCACCAGCUCCAACAGGGCCAAGUUGCGGAUGGAGGAGCUGCAGGUCAUUAAGAGGGAGCUGACUCUGAUAAAGACACAGAUUGACGGGCUGCUCGACAACCUGGACAGGAUGGACACACAGAGGCGGGACCACACAGGGUCUCCCGUGAGGGAGGGCAGUUUGGCCGGGUCACCGUACCCCCCCUCCGCCAGCAGCGGUGACCGCUCCCCCUCCCCCCUGUCCCCCCCACGCCGCUGCAUCCAGAGAGAGAGCCCCGAACUCGGGGAGGCCAGCGACGAUGAUCACACGAUGAAUAACCACAGCUCUGACCCUGAGGACGAGAUGUGAGGAUGGAAACAGAGAAGAAACGGAGGAGCGCCAGACAUAGAGGAAGAGAACAUCUUGUCAAGAAGUUACCAUGCCAACAACUGAUUCAGAGGCCCCACUCCUGUCUAACCAACCAGUUACAUUGUAUUCUAUAUCCACAUAUACAUCAACAGCACACAUACAAGGACACACUGUAAUUAUAGUUUAU